AUGGCGAUCGGCGGCGACGCGGGGGGAGGGGAUAUGGAUGAGGACGAGGCGAUGAUGAUCAUGAUGGCGGAAGACGAAACGGAUUUGAUUCGGAGAGCGGAGCAGGCGGCGAAGGAAGAGGCCCGGCGGGUAGGACAGAUGGGUCGGCUGCAGCCGCUUUUAGCUAAGUGGCGGCGGCAGCCGGUGACGGAGUUCGACCCUAGAAAAACUGAUAUAGUGUUUCAGCAGCUUGACAUUGACUACUACUUGACAUCUGACUCACCCUUCAAGACUCAUUACAAGAGCUCCGCUGUGCUGCGGAUCUUUGGUGUCAAUGAACAUGGAAACAGUGUGUGCGCUAUGGUGCACGGCUUUCUGCCAUACUUCUAUGUGAUGGCACCAUCGCAAUUUACUUACGAUGAUGUUGCUGCCUUCCACACCCAACUCUCGGAAAGGGGUCAGGCGAAGGGAGUGGUGGUGAUAAGAGUGGAAAUGUUAAAAGCGCAGGGGCUGCUAUACUAUCAAGGCCCCGAUAAGAAGACAUUUCUUAAGAUCACACUCGCUCUGCCCACUAUGGUGGCUCCGUGCAGAGCUUACUUCGAACAAGGCUUUGAGUGGAACGGGUUUCAAUUCCCUGCCACCACCUACGAGAGCAAUGUGCUCUUUGCACUGCGCUUCAUGAUCGACUGCCACGUCACCGGCGGCAACUGGAUCUCGCUGCCAGCUGGCACGUACCGCGUGCGCGAGGACGCGCGGAAGCUGUCAGCGUGCCAGCUGGAGGUUGACAUCUUCUAUACAGACCUUGUCAGCCACGAAGGCACGGGGCAGUGGUCCCGCAUGGCCCCUUUUCGCAUCCUCAGUUUUGACAUCGAGUGCAGCGGGCGCAAGGGGCACUUCCCAGAGCCGCAGCACGACCCAGUGAUUCAGAUCGCCAACAUCGUUUCCCAGCAGGGCAGCAGUGACCCGCUUGUUCGCACCGUGCUCACCCUCGGCUCCUGUGCUCCGAUCGUGGGGUGUGAUGUGGUGGCUUUUGAGACAGAGCAGCAACUCCUGCUUGCAUGGAAGCACGACCCGGUCAUUCAGAUCGCCAAUAUCGUGUCCCAGCAGGGCAGCAGCGACCCGCUGGUUCGCACUGUGCUCACCCUCGGCUCGUGUGCGCCCAUCGUGGGGUGCGAUGUGGUGGCGUUUGAAACGGAGCAACAGCUGCUGCUGGCUUGGAAGGAGCUCAUCCAGGCAACAGACCCCGACAUGAUCAUCGGAUACAACAUUCAGAAGUUUGAUCUGCCCUACUUGAUUGAGAGGGCAGAGAAGCUGAAUCUGAAGACCUUCCCGUUCCUCGGUCGGAUCCUCAACACCCAGCUCAAGAUGCGCGAUGCUCGCUUUCAAUCCAGGCAGUACGGCACAAGGGAAACCAAGGAGGUGACUCUGGAUGGGCGAGUGCAAUUUGAUCUGCUGGUGGCCAUUCAGAGAGAGCACAAGCUUAGCUCUUACUCCCUCAACUCCGUCUCUGCUCACUUCCUCAACGAACAGAAGGAGGACGUGCAUCACUCCAUCAUUGCCGACCUUCAGAACGGCGAUGCCCAAACGCGACGCCGCCUGGCCGUGUACUGCCUGAAAGACGCGUACCUGCCGCAGCGGCUGCUGGAGAAGCUCAUGAUGGUCUACAACUACGUUGAGAUGGCGCGUGUGACUGGCGUUCCCAUCUCCUUCCUGCUUGCUCGAGGGCAGAGUAUCAAGGUACGCCACACCCCUGCCAUGACGCUGACAGUCUGCUGCCUCAAGGACGCGUACCUGCUGCAGCGGCUGUUUGAGAAGCUGAGGAUGGUCUACAAUCAUGUGGAGAUGGCUAGGGUUACCGGCGUCCCCAUUUCUUUCCUGCUUGCUCAAGGGCAGAUUAUCAAGGUGCUCUCUCAAAUCCUACGCAAGGCGAGGCAGCGAGAGUUGCUGGUACCCAACAUGAAGGUUCAGGCGGGGGCAGGAGCAGAUGCAACAUAUGAGGGGGCGACGGUGCUGGAGCCGAAGCAGGGGUUCUAUGAACGGCCUGUUGCCACUCUUGACUUUGCAUCGCUGUACCCGUCGAUUAUGAUGGCCCACAACCUCUGCUACUGCACUCUGGUGCAGAAGGAGCAUGGCAUCAGGCCACCAGACGACCAGAUAUCGCAAACUCCCACAGGAGAUCUCUUUGUCAAGGCAUCUGCAGCCAAGGGCAUUCUGCCAGAGAUUCUGGAAGAACUGCUGGCAGCAAGGAAGAGAGCAAAGGCUGAUCUCAAGGUUCCUUCUAGUCUCCUCGUCGUGAAGGCAUCAGCCGCCAAGGGCAUUCUGCCAGAUAUAUUGGAAGAGCUGCUGGCAGCGAGGAAGAGAGCAAAGGCUGAUUUUAAGGCAUUAGCAGCCAAGGGCAUUCUGCCAGAGAUUCUGGAAGAGCUGCUGGCAGCGAGGAAGAGAGCAAAGGCGAAUCUCAAGAAAGCCACGGAUCCACUGGAGAAAGCAGUGCUGGACGGCCGACAGCUGGCACUCAAGCUCAGACUACAGCAUCACAGGGGCCACUGUCGCUGCAUUAUCAUGCCUCUGCUUUGCAUGCUUCUGCUCAUUUUCUUCCCCCUCCCAUCAGCCUCACCACAGGUGAGUGCCAACUCUGUCUACGGCUUCACAGGGGCCACUAUCGGCGCUCUGCCCUGCUUGGAGAUAUCAUCCAGUGUUACUGCCUACGGGCGGCAGAUGAUAGAGCACACGAGGGCGUUUGUGGAGCAGCACUACUCCAUCGCCAACGGUUACUCGCACAAUGCGGAUGUGGUCUACGGCGACACGGAUUCGGUGAUGGUGAUGUUUGGCGUGGACACUGUCGAGGAGGCCAUGCGCAUGGGCAGGCAGGCGGCAGAAGAAAUUUCUGACACCUUCCCCAAGGUAUGUAGGAAUAGGCUGGAGUUUGAGAAGGUGUAUUUCCCGUACCUGCUGAUCAACAAGAAGCGCUACGCGGGGCUGUACUGGUCCAACUCCAAGGCCUUUGACAAGAUGGACACCAAAGGUAUCGAGAUGGCUCAAAGAGACAACUGCAUUGAGACGGUUCGGAGAGACAACUGCUUGUUGGUCCGCCAGGUGGUGGGCGAGUGCUUGCAGCGGAUCCUAAGGGAGUGGGACAUCCUCGGAGCAGUGGCGUAUGUGAAGGCUGUGGUGGACGAGUGCUUGUGGAGGAUACUCAUGGAGCGGGAUAUUCCUGGAGCAGUGGCAUAUGUGGUGGAUGAGUGCUUGCGGAGGAUACUCAUGGAGCGGGAUAUUCCUGGAGCAGUGGCAUAUGUGAAGGCUGUUAUCUCAGAUCUUCUUAUGAACAAGCUCGACCUCUCGCUGCUGGUGAUCACCAAGGCGCUAACCAAGGGAGGUGACGACUAUGCAGUCAAGGCGGCCCACGUUCAGCUAGCAGAGAGGAUGCGCAAGCGUGACCCCGCCACAGCACCAGGCAUUGGGGAUCGAGUGGCGUACGUCAUUUGCAAGGCUCCAAAGGGCAGCAAGGUGAGCUGCUUGCGACGUGCGGUGCAUGUAGCUUGCUUGAAUCUGCCCAUCUCCCAGCGUGACUCCGCCACAGCACCGGAUCGAGUGGCGUAUGUCAUCUGCAAGGCCCCCAAGGGAAACAAGGCAUACGAGAAGUCUGAGGACCCCAUCCAUGUGCUGGAGAACAACAUACCCAUCGACCCGCACUACUACCUUGAAAACCAACUCAGCAAGCCGCUUCUGAGAAUAUUCGAGCCCAUUCUGAGGAACGCAAACAAGGAGCUUCUGAGUGACGCGCACGCGCGAGCCGUGUCCAUCUCCACCGCCCUCCCACCCCUUCAACUCCCACUGCUGAGAAUUUUCGAGCCCAUUCUGAAGAACGCAAGCAAGGAGCUGCUAAGCGGAGCGCACACGCGUGCCGUUUCCAUCUCCACGCCUUCGACAGGUGGCAUCAUGCGAUUCGCCAAAGUCCGCCUCUCCUGCCUCGGCUGCAAGACGCCCCUCAGUGGAAAUUCCCAGACGCUGUGCGUGCACUGUAUGGAUCGAGAAGGCGAGAUUUACCAACGGAUCACAUCCAAUGUGCGGGAGUGUGAGGAGCAGUUUGGAAGGCUAUGGGUGGAGUGCCAGCGAUGUCAGGGCAGCUUGCACCAAGACGUGCUCUGCACCAGUCGGGAUUGCCCCAUAUUCUAUCGGAGGAAGAAAGCACAGAAGGAUGUGGAGGAGUCGCACGCUCAACUUGCAAGAUUCGACUUUUGA